CUUGCUUUGCAGUAGUAUUUUGACGUUUCUUUCGUAUAAAUUUGGUUCAUAUUAUAAUGAAAAAGAGAAUAUCUCGUAAAAUUCGCACAAAUUCUAUGAUAAAUUAUUAUUUACACAAAUUAAUCUAUACCCAAUUUAAAAUCUAAAAUGGAGAUAACGAGGAAAAAUUUCAACGAACAGUUUGACAACAUAACCAAAGACUUAAAAAAAUCAUGUUUUGCCAGUUUUGAUGCGGAAUUUACAGCUAUAAUAGCGGGAGAAUGUUUCAAACACAGAUUAUUUGACACAAAUGAAGAGAGAUAUGAUCGAAUCAAGAAUGAAGUGUCCAAGAUGAUUAUGACUCAAGUCGGACUGACUUUCUUCCAGUAUGAUCGGGACCACGAUACAUAUGUGGCCACCGGCUACACAUUCCAUCUCUGUCCACAAGUGGUUGGGGAUAUUGACCAGUCUUUCAUUUUCCAAGCAUCCACACUCAAUUUUCUCUGUCGACACAACUUUGACUUUAACAAGUUCACAUAUGAAGGUCUUCCAUACCUGAGUAAGGCUGAAGAAGCGAAAGUUCGUAAGAUGCUGAAAGAAGGUUCUAACUAUUUACUUCGUACUCUUGAAAUGACAGAUGAGAAACUUCUACAGCAAUAUUGUUCUGAAGUGGCAAAAUGGCUAGCAACAAGUAAGGAAGGGACACUGUACCUGGACAUAGAGAACCCACUUCUUCGGUAUAUAGUGCAUAACGAAGUGCGUGCGCGUUUCCCAGACGUCCUCACCACAGAUAGCUUAGGUAAUAGUCACAAGGUUUUAAUAUACAGAGAUAAAUAUGUAGAGGGAGCUAACAGCGCACCUGUGGCGAUACUGGAAGAAAACUUGAUGCAUCACCUGCUUGGAUUCUCCCAAAUAAUCUCCUUACUAGCAUCCUACCACAAACCUAUUAUAGGCCACAAUAUAUUCCUAGAUGUUGUCCUAAUGCAUAACCAAUUCAUAGGACCUUUACCUAAAAAAUAUUCAACAUUCAAAAAGAAUAUAAAUGAAAUAUUCCCAAUCAUUUUCGAUACCAAGCAUAUAUCGCAUGAAAUGAGCAAAAAAUUAACCUUUGAUGAAGUUUGGAAAUCAAAUGCACUACAAGAUUUGUACGAAUUUUUCUCGGAGGGGAAAUGCAAGAAGUUGCAGCAUGGUGUCAACCUAAUAAGACUGAGCACGCCCUUUGAUGUCAACCAGUCGUAUCAUGAAGCUGGCUGGGACUCGUAUUGUUCUGGCUACUGUUUUAUCCGUCUGGGUCACUGGGCGGCCUGCGAGAACAUAGGCAAGUUCCGGCCGGUGGGGCCUACGGAGAAACUUGCGGCGCUGGCGCACUACUCCAACAAGGUCAACAUCAUACGGGGAGCCGUGCCUUACAUGAACCUAGUGGGCGACGACCCUCCCAGUCAUAGACCCGACUUGCUUCACCUCAAGUGUCUCAAUGAACGAUUUAACAUCGGAAAGGUCUCGUCGGUACUAGCGGCCUUCGGUUCCAUAGACAUCAAGCCUUAUGGAAGUCGGACUGCGCUCAUAGCUGCUAGUUCACAUUACGCGGUAAACAAUAUCCUCAAACAGUUUAGAGACAGUCGCGACUACAGGAUAUCAAAAUACAGCGUGUACAGGCAUUCAGUGGCUGGAAGAAUGGCUAUAUGGUGGGGCGGUGCAUUGCUCACGGGCAGUUUGGUGAUUUAUAUCAUACAUAAGAAAGUGAAUAAUAACUGACAUAAUGUAAUAAAUAGUAAUCAAACGCAUAAUAUGAUUAUGUGUUUAGUUUAAGAAGGCCACAUUGAAACAGUGAGGAUAAAAACUGCCUAUUUCUCCCAUCAGGCGUCGCUCACUUUAGAUCGGACAUAAGUUUUAUUCUUUCCGAUCUUUAGGGAAUUUAUAACACUAUGAUUUUGCAGCAAAACGCUGCGCAAAGGGUUAUAGUGUAAACAUAUAACCAAAACAAUUUGUUUACUCAAAUAUUAUGGGGAACUGUCAUAAUUUAGGAGCACUCAACAGUGCUGCCUGCCUACAUUUGAGCUUGGAGUUUUUAUCCUCAUUCAUUGCGCAUGUAAAAGUAAGUGCGCAAUGACAACUAAUGUCAAAUAGCAAUGGUGCUUUCUUAGAUGAAUUGUCUGAAUGUCGCCUGUUUAACCCCCAGUUGGCCUUGUGAUCAAAACGCUUUACCUAACUGAAAUAAUAAAAUAUUGUAAUGUUGCCUAGUCUGUAAGAUAAAGUGCAAAUCAAGUUGGAUAAAAGCAAUAAAUAUUUUGUUUAUA